CCGAGGUCAUGACCGGUCAUCAAAUGCAACAUAAGCUCAAUUGGUGAGAAAAUCUGUAGUUGGGGGCAGCUAUCUUCAGGGUCUGCAGGCACUUCCAGCUCAUCAGGUUGUAGACAGUCUACAAGUCAAAUGGCGGGCUCGCAGUUCAGCACGUUGACUCCUCGCGAAAGGGAGAUGAGGGAGCUCCAGCAGGUCGAAAGGAUCCGUGCACAAUUAGAGAAGGAACUGAAAGAAGCUACCGAUAGAGAAAGAGAGAUAAAGAGUAGAACAGCCAGGCUUGAAAUGUUAGCGGCUGACAAGGCUGAGUUAGAGGGCAUGGACGACUCUGGAAUGAAUGAGCCCAUGAAAGUGUUGAGGAACAACAUGCUGUCACUGCAUGCGCACGUAGACAGCAGGUUGGACUUCAUGCAGAGCACUUUGGACCAGAUCCUGGACAUUUUGACAAGGCCAGGAUUUAGGUCACCAGCACAAUCGCCGUUGCCGUUAUCGGCGAUGUCAGGCCCCUUUCCAGUUCAAGCUGGUACACAGCCUAGUGGUACGUCUGCAGCAGCAGCACAGACUAUUGCAUCUUCUUCUUCGGGUCCAGCGGUGAUUGCUUCAUCACCACAACAACCUGUUCAGCAAUCUGGACAGCCGCAAGGUCAAUGGUAUCCCAAGACCCCAAUGAAACCGCCUCUUGCCUUCUCAGGCGAGAGAAAGGACGAGGAACUCAACACAUGGUUGAGGACAGUCCCGGUUUGGGUGAAGGCCAAAAGGACCUUGCUUGAGGACGAAGUGGUAACUGCGGCGUCUUACCUAGAGGGUAAGGCAGCCAAAUGGUUAGAUGGUGUAGUUGUGAAGGCCGGGUACGGGCGACGCAUGGCAAACUGGGCUAAGUCUUUGACUCUAGACCAAUUCAUGGAAAUGGUAGAAGCUCGAUGGCAUAAUCCAAAGGAGGCGCAAAGGGUCACUGAUGUCAUUAACAAACUGGACCAACGCAAGUUCAGGUCAGUUAGGGAGCUUACGACUACCGUUGAGAGCCUGAUCCUCGUCCCAGGUAUCAACUACAACGACCAGUUCCUGUUGACGACGUUUGUUAGAUGUCUCCCAGAGAACAUGAGGAACUUACUAGCAAGUGAGGCACGCACCGAGUACCACUCGUUUGAGACAUUGUCUAGGAAAGCCUUAGACUUAGAGGCCAUGCUAGGCAAUGAUCAACCCACCUCAGGGAAUGACUCAAGGAAGAAGAAGAGUCCUCAGGAGUGGAAGAAGAAGGGGGCGAAGUUGAUGAUGGUUGAGUCUGAUGGGACUCAAACUGAGAUCGAUGAACUCUCUGACCUGAUGGACUGCUCAGAGUAUGACGGCGAGGAGGUAGCUGAGGGUAGCACCCUCGCCGCGGUAGUUAAGACUAAGGCAACAGGCCGAGGGAAGGGCCAACCUAGGGGUCAAGGGAAGGCCGCCUCCAAUCAAACCAAACAGGUUGAGUGGAUUAAGGCAGGUCUUGAUCAAGACGUGUAGUGUGACCGCCGAAUGCGUGGCGCUUGUAUCAACUGCGGGGAAUACGGACACACGCAGUACAAGUGCUAGAACGU